UUGAAAGUCGCUCUUUGCCCAUCACUCUUUGAAGAAAAUUUGGAUCCAAAAGCUUUCGACAAUUUUUCCGAUUUUGUAGAAGAAACAGCCCUCCAAAAAGUUUUAGAGGUCGAAAAAAGACUAAAAGAUAAUGGAAAUAAUCCAGAUGUAGUUAUUGGUGCUGAUACCAUGGUCACUCUAGAUGGCAAGAUGUUUGGAAAACCAACUUCUGAGCAGGAGGCUUACGAUAUGUUAAAAAGUCUAGCGGGCAGGAGUCACACUGUGUACACGGGGGUGGUCGUGAAGGCCUCGGAUAAUGUGGUGAAGUUCACCGAAAACACUGAUGUGGUGUUCGGAGCUCUGGAUGACGAGCAGAUCAAAGGAUACAUUGCAACGGGAGAACCUAUGGAUAAAGCAGGCGGGUAUGGCAUACAAGGUGUGGGAGGGACAUUUGUAGAGAAGAUUAACGGAGACUACUUCACUGUCGUGGGGCUGCCUCUGUACAGGCUGUGUUCUGUGUUGUAUGAGCCAAGUACGUUGCUUCAUAUCAAAGAAGCAGCAAAUAGGAGAAAGGACAGCAUUAGUGAGAAGUUUUCAAAACUAUAUGAUCCAGACUCCACAAAACAAGAAUUUUCAUGGCAUCAAGACUGUUUAGCCACUUAUAUAAGUGAGGAGAAAAUAAGGCGUCAAGAAAUUGCGUUGCAUAAAAAAGAUGAAGAAGAAGUGUCUGCUUCAACUUCCAAAGCAAACGUGGAGGAGCUGACUCCAAAACCUACCUAG